UGUUUACAGGACAGAGUAUUCAUUGUGCAGGGAUGUUAUCACAUGGCAUAUCAUCACUGGAGAAUAAUUAAUGAUCCAUCACCAAUUUCUCAUUUUUAAGUCUUUUUCUAUUCAUAGUAUGAUAGUCUGGUGCUCUCUCAGAUUAGGCUAGGGUCAUGUCUUCGUUGUGAUUGGUUGAUUGGGGCCAAUCUGUGACCGAGUGUUAUUAAUAUUAUAAAAACAUGUAUUUUUAUUGGUUUAAGUCAAAAAAACAAGUGAUGUCCAUUCCAAUGGACGCUGAAAGGGUUAACAUGAGGUGUUACACCAUUGAGGUCAAAGUCUCAACAACCACUGGACUAUGAAAAGAUAAAAAUCACCAGACUUCACAGACACUUCUACGGAGUGCAAGAUUUAUAUAGGCCUAAUGGAGAUUCCAAUAUUUACUGUUGAUGCUUUUACCAAUUUACCUUUCAAAGGUAACCCUGCUGCAGUUUGUCUUAUAGAGAGUGAACUUCAAGAUGAACUUUAUCAGAGCAUUGCUGCUGAAAUGAAUUUAUCAGAGACUGCUUUUAUCACAAGACGGAAUUCUAUGGAUUUUUCUUCAGGUGCAAGGUUUGGACUGCGCUGGUUUACUCCCAAAAGUGAGGUUCCACUCUGUGGACAUGCAACACUAGCCUCAGCAGCAGUGUUGUUUUACAUUAAAAACAAUGUCAACCCUGUUGUGGUGUUUGAGACUCUGAGUGGGGAGCUGAAUGUGCAUCAACAUGGAGAAUCACUAAUUAUGGACUUCCCCUUAAACAAACCAAAACCUCAGGACCAACAUGAAGUCAAAGAACUUUUGAAAGCUGUUGUAGGAGACCUAACUAUUCAGGAUGUCUGCUAUUCAGAAACCACAAAGAAACUAAUGGUCCGUCUAGCUGACACAUGUGACAGGUCCAAACUUACGUCUUUGAAGCCAGAACCAGAUGCCCUGUUGAGGAAUGAGUCCACUGGUAAGAUUAAAGGUGUCAUUGUUACAAUUAAAGGAGCACCAACCGCACAUCCUGGAUAUGACUUCUACUCUCGUUACUUUGCCCCUUGGUUUGGUAUUCCUGAAGAUCCAGUCACUGGGUCUGCUCAUACAGUGCUUGCUGGUUACUGGUCUGAGAAACUCGGGAAAAAGAAAAUGUUGGCUUACCAGUGUUCCAGUCGUGGGGGGGAGCUGGAGUUGGAAAUAAGAGAUGAUGGUCGACUGGACAUUAGUGGUCGGGCACAGAUUAUUCUUCAAGGAACUCUUAAAAUCUAAACAAACUUCCACAAUUAACUCAAUAAAUAUUAGAAUAGAUUUAAUGAAAAUAAUAUGUCUGUUUGUCUCACUGAAAAGAAAUAUAGUUUUUCAGCAUAUUAAUCCCUGUUAAUGUUAGUUAAUGGAAAUACAAUUAUUCAUAUUAGUUCAUGGUGCAUUAACUGAUGUUAUGUUUUUUCAUUACAACAUUUGAUUUAAAAAAUGUAUUAGUAAAGAAAUGAACUAAGAUGAAUAAAUGCUUUAGAAGUAAUGUUCAUUGUUAGCUAAUGCCAUAAAUAAUUGUUAACAAAUAAAACAGUAAAGUGUUACUGAAACUACGGCACUAAAGGGUCUCAGUCAGGGGCGUCAUGCAUCUAUUUUUUUAAGGGGGCACAGUGUGUACAACACACAGAAACGUCCUGUACGUACAAAUACAUACAUUUAAAGCAAUGUUAUUGAGAACAUCUCUUAAGCGUAUUCAAAACAUCGCACAAACCAUCUGAUUGUAAAAAAAUUAUGUACAUUUUAAGGUAAAGUCUGGUGUAUUUUGAGAACAAAUAUCUUGUAUGCAAUUUUGUGCUAGUAGUAAAAGAGUUAUUGUUUGCAUACAAAUGAACAUGGAGCACAAAAGUAAAAGCAAAAAAAAAAUGAAGCAAUUAGUUACCCUUUGUUAAACUGCCUUUAAUACAAAUCUAUUGUCUGUUAUAAAAUUCCUU